AUGGGCAGCAUUCCUGCAAGAAGCGGCCUCGUCACCGCCUUUGAUGAGCUGCCACCCUUCCACCCACUGAACGACGAUGACGUACGAUCCUACCUCCACAAGGCCGUCGACUUCAUUUCCGACUACUACAAGUCCGUCGAGUCCAUGCCGGUGCUGCCCAGCGUCAAACCUGGCUACCUGCGGGACGAGCUCGGAGCGUCUCCGCCGGUGCACCCAGCCCCUUUCGACAUCGCCAUGAAAGAGCUCAGGGCAUCUGUGGUGCCCGGCAUGACACACUGGGCCAGCCCGAACUUCUUUGCGUUUUUUCCGGCGACCAAUAGCGCGGCUGCUAUCGCCGGAGACCUCAUCGCCUCUGCAAUGAACACCACCCACUCUACGUUCUUCAAGGCGUGUCGGCUGGCGGGCUUCGACCCUGCAAAUUUCCGCUCCAUUCCCACCGGGCCAGAGACUGACUACGGCGUCGACCCGGUGAAGCUACUCGCAGCCAUGCAGGCUGACGCCAUGGCCGGCCUCGUGCCCACCUACGUUUGCGCCACGGUUGGCACCACGUCCUCCAAUGCCGUCGACCCCAUAGGCGACGUCGCCAAAGUCGCGGCUAUGUUCAAUGUGUGGGUCCAUGUCGACGCCGCCUACGCCGGCAGCGCGUGCAUUUGCCCGGAAUUUCGGCACCACCUCAACGGCGUCGAGCGCGUGGACUCCAUCAGCAUGAGCCCGCACAAGUGGCUGCUCACGUGCCUGGACUGCACCUGCCUCUACGUGCGUGAUGCGCGCCGCCUCAGCCAGACGCUGGAGACUGACCCCGAGUACCUCAAGAACGAUGCCAGCGUGUCCAGCGACGUCACUGACCUCAAGGACAUGCAGGUCGGAGUCGGACGCCGCUUCCGUGGCCUCAAACUUUGGAUGGUCAUGCGCACCUACGGCACCGCCAAUCUCCAGGAGCACAUCCGCAGAGACGUCACCCUGGCCAAGAUGUUUGAGGACUUGGUCCAUGCUGAUGAUCGGUUCGAGAUCGUCGUGCCGAGAAACUUUGCUUUGGUCUGCUUCAGGAUCAAGACGACUGGAGUUAGGGCCGCCGACGAGGUGAACCGUUUGCUCAUGGCAAACGUGAACAAGACCGGCAAGGCGUACCUUACGCACACAGUGGUAGGUGGCAGGCUCGUGCUGCGCUUCGCUGUGGGAUCGUCACUUCAGGAGGAGAGGCACAUUUUGAGCGCUUGGGAGCUCAUUAGGAAGACGAGCAGUGAGAUGAUGAACUGA